CCGCUUCCUGUUUGCCGGCACCGGGAGCUGCCAUCGGGGCUGAGCCGCGGCCAUGGAGCGGGUUCUGGGGUGAACCCCCCCCCGUUCCCCCCUCUUGGGCUGCCCCACCGGGGCCGGGGGGGGCUCGGACCCCGUCCGCUUUGGGAGCCGGAAGAGCCCAAACCCGUCCCCGUUUGGGGGAGGCCGCGCCUCCUGCUCCCACCCGCACCGGGUCCAUGGACUGACCCCGGGGGUCCCUGCACCACAGUCACCAUGAGCGACUUCUGGCACAAACUGGGCUGCUGUGUGGUGGAGAAACCGCCGCCGAAGAAGAGGAGGAGGAGAAUCGACCGCUCCAUGAUCGGGGAGCCCAUGAACUUCGUGCACCUGACUCACAUUGGCUCCGGGGACAUGGCUGCGGGGGAAGGACUGCCCAUGACGGGUGCUGUGCAGGAGAUGAGGUCCAAGGGUGGAUGGGAGCGGCAGUGGAGCAGCUCCCGGGUCUUGUAGCAGAUUCUUGGGUGUUUCAGCCCAAACUUCAGCUGCCUGAGCCCCGACCGGAGCAGAGGCCGACCCCAAGUGCUUCACCCUGCGGUGACUGACACAGCGCAGCCCUCGCCUGCCUCCCGGUGCCUUUGGGCACAUCCUGCUUCCCGGAGGCACCGGCUCCGUGAUGCGGGGGGGGAGCAGCCCCAGCAGCGUCCGGGACACGGCUGCCUGCAGGAUGUGCCAACCCCACCGGGCUCCCUCUGCCAUCCCUGCCUGCGCACCAGGCCCCUGUGCAUGGGGAUCAUGGCAAUGGUGCUGAGGCUGCUCCGGUGCCUCUGGCAAUGGUGCAGGAGAGCAGAACUGAUGCUUGUGGCUUGAGCCUCUGGUGCCUCCCGGCAGCGUUUCCAGCACUGCCUCCUUUUCUAGCAUAGAGAUGUGUUUUUUACCCCCCUUCCCGGAGCAGGACUGUGGCUGCUUCCCUGGGGUCACCACCAGCAUUGCCUGGCACUGGCCGAGGCAGGACGGGGCCUGACCCAUGGCGGUGCUCGGGCUCCUGACUUCGGGCACGGGUGUACAUAGUUCAGACAGUGCCAGGAUCCCCUCUCCCAUAGCGGAUCCCAGGACAUCCCACCCGGGCGGCUGCGGCCAUCACCGCACUCUGUGCCGCACCGGGUGUGUGGUGCUGGUGAGUGCCAAGGCUCGGUCUGGUUUAACCAACCCAUCCUUAAAUAAAGCCCUUGUGCUGCCCAGGA